CUACAAAGCUCCGCCCAGAUUAUUUUUUUAACCCCCCACGUGUAGACCAUCAUGCCUGUUGUGAGAGAUAAAAGUAUUAGAAAGCUCAAAAUGCUUAAAAAGAGGAAGAAAAGAAAGCCAAACGAGGAGAGUGCUGCCACUAAUGAGGUAGACACUCAAGCUGUUGAAAAUCAGGAGAAGGAAGAGCAGUUAGGAAAGGAAGAAGUCACUGAUCAUCAUACUUGUGGAGAGGAAACUGAAGCUAAAGAAAAGAUGGUUGAGGAAAUUGACGACUGCUCUUCUGUUAAAAAGAAACGGAAGAUAAAGGAAGAAGGAAGUGAGACCCAGUUAGAGAGUGUCUUAGGUGAUAACAGCAAAUCCUUUUCAUCCCUCGCUGGUCUGGUAUCAGAUAAAACACUGAAGGCAAUAGAAGAGAUGGGAUUCACUGACAUGAUGGAGAUACAGUACAAAAGCAUAAGACCACUACUGGAGGGAAGAGAUUUAUUGGGAGCAGCUAGAACAGGUAGUGGCAAGACUCUUGCUUUUCUAGUACCAGCAGUUGAACUACUUUAUAAACUGAACUUCCUACCACGUAAUGGUACAGGGAUUAUUAUCAUCUCCCCAACAAGAGAGCUGUCAUUGCAGACAUAUGGUGUGGUUACUGAACUAUUGCAAUAUCACAAUCACUCUCAUGGUAUAAUAAUGGGAGGAGCUAACCGCCGGGUUGAAGUAGAGAGAUUGGAGAAGGGAGUUAAUUUAUUGGUGGCUACUCCAGGCAGACUCUUAGACCACUUACAGAACACUAAAGGAUUUGUGUAUCAGAACUUACAGUGCCUCAUUAUUGACGAGGCUGAUAGAAUAUUGGAGAUUGGGUUUGAAGAAGAAAUGAAACAAAUUAUUAAAAUAUUACCAAAGAAAAGACAGACCGUCUUAUUUUCUGCCACACAAACAAAGAAGACUGAAGACUUGGCUCGUGUCUCUCUCAAGAAAGCUCCUCUUUACGUCGGAGUUGAUGAUGACAAGAUGACCUCGACUGUUGAAGGACUAGAACAAGGUUAUGUUGUCUGUCCGUCUGAGAAGAGGUUUCUCCUAUUGUUUGCGUUUCUAAAGCGGAACCUUGACAAGAAAGUAAUGGUCUUUUUCUCUUCGUGUAAUUCAGUCAAGUUUCAUUCGGAAUUACUGAACUACAUUGAUAUACCAGUUCUUGAUAUUUAUGGGCGUCAAAAGCAACAGAAACGUACCUCAACCUUUUUUGAGUUCUGCCAGUCGGAGAAGUGUAUACUAUUGUGUACUGAUGUAGCAGCACGUGGUCUGGAUAUACCUGAAGUUGAUUGGAUUAUACAAUACGAUCCACCUGAUGAUCCCAAGGAGUACAUCCAUCGUGUUGGUAGGACAGCAAGAGCUGGUGCUAGAGGAAAGGCUUUAUUGUUUCUUUUGCCUGAGGAGCUAUCCUUUCUUUGCUACUUGAAACAAGCAAAGGUUCCAUUAAAUGAAUAUGAAUUUGCUCCUGGCAAGCUCAGUAACAUACAAACACAAUUGGAACACCUAAUGGAAAAGAAUUAUUACCUACACAAGUCAGCGAGGGACGGUUAUCGCUCCUACCUUCAAGCUUAUGCUUCCCAUUCACUCAAGAGUGUCUUUAAUGUGGAGCAGUUGGACCUACAGAGAGUAGCCAAAGGAUUUGGAUUCUCAGUACCUCCCAGCGUCUCAUUGAAGAUACACAGUUCCAAAGGAGCAGCUAAACUAGCCAAGAGGAGAAACUAUGGAAGAGAAACAGAUUAUUUAGCAAAGAGAAAGAAGUUCACUAAGCCAACUGGUGGAAAGAAGGACAAUAGACAAAUGGUGCGAUGAUAAUUAACUCUCCCUUUGUUGGUGUGAAUUGAAAUUUGUCCUUUAUUAUUUAUGUAACUAAAAUUUUUUGUUUUUUUGGUAAGUGUUGAGUAUAGUGAAAUCAGCAGAAAUUAUAAGGAAUGAUCAAGUAUAGUUGUGUGUGGCUCAUGUGAUUAUAUUGGUCAUUGAUAUUCCUAUCCUCAAAACCACA